CUGUCACCGCCCACUUUUCGCUUUUCGUUCAUCAAAACUCUCAGAUCAAAACAAACCUGCAAUCAACAAAACGAAUAACAAAAUUUUAUACAAUACUUUGCACUCUUUUAACUUUUCAUCAACUCAAAAUGACAGCCAAAUCGUCCAGUAGUUUAGAUACCAGGGCAGAGCUUGCUGAAUUGGUGAAAAGAAAGGCAGAAAUAUCGGAAACCCUCGCAAAUCUUGAGCGGCAAAUCUAUGCUUUCGAAGGUUCCUAUUUGGAGGAUACGCAGCUUUACGGAAACAUCAUUCGGGGAUGGGACCGUUACCUGACCACAAACAAAACGACCAACUCCAAGGCGGACAAACGGAACCGGAAGUUCAAGGAAGCGGAACGAUUGUUCUCCAAGUCAUCCAUCACUUCGAUGGCCGCCGUGAGUGGUUUGGUAGACCCGAACGACGCUAAGCAUGACCGUAACAGCGAAUCGGAUUCGAUGACCAACGACGAUUCGAGCGACAACCAAAUCGGUGCCAUCAAUUCCAGUUCAUCGCUCUCUGCAACCCACGAUCCGGCGGCAGUCAAAACGCCCGUGAGCAAGAGCUUGAAUUCAUCCAAGAGCAGCACCAUCGAGAAAUCUUCGUCCUUCUUGAACCGCCCUGUAACUCCAACCAAAGAAGCCGCGAAUACAGGUUCGGCGAAGGAAUCGAGCACACCGAGCAGCACCGCCAAGCACAAGGCAGCAAACGUUAGCUCGGUGAAGAAAAACAGCUCCAACAAGAAGGUUCGUCAUCGUUAAGCUUUCCCGAACAGGUAGGGAGCCGAAUCCUAUUCUUGGCACUUUUGACUCACUUGGGCAGUGGGGUUUUUUGAAAGCUCAAAUUUGGCCACAAUAUGCGUCGUACUGGAGCGCUUCGUACUGCAAAGUUUCAGACCAUUCGGCCGAGAAAAACCCCCCAUGCCAAAGUGAAUCUUGGAGGUGCCCAAGUGGUUCUGCACCCUACCUACCCAAAUAUUGCACUUUUAGAACGGAUUUUAAUUGUCAAGAACACAACACUAUGGAUCUUAAAUGCUUGUAAUUGUAUGUUUCAAUAGAACUAACUUAUGGUUAAUUAGAGACGAAA